AUGUCUGUAGCACUGCCACACCACUCCAAGUCUUCGGACCGCAAGGUUGUCUACUUGCUGCCAUUGACCGACAAUGGCUCUCCAGAUGUCGCUGGCACCUAUAUCUACCUACCUCCUCCCACCGAGCCAGCAUACUCGAUUUGCUUCCAGAUCCAAGGUACUAGCUCGAUAUGUCGCGAGGGCAGUCUCUGGGUGAACAUCCCUGCUGAGGGUGAGAAGUUCAAGCGUAGCCAGUACCGCGAGUACAAAUUACAGCCCGACUUCACAGGCAUGUGUGAGAUUGAGAUCCCCAUCUACGAGGCCAAUGCCUUCUCCUUCUACACGACCUAUAAACCGCUGCCGCAGUGGUCCUUCACAGAUGUUGCGUCACCUGAAUCUACGCGGACGGACACAUACUACAUCGACAUAUGUCCAAAUCUCAAGUUGCACGGCGAGCACUUGCCGGUCGAGGCCGUCUGCAUCUUUUCUGCAUUGUCCAAGUUCAUGGGCAACUACCCCACUGACUGGGACAACCACCUCCGGGGCAUCAGCCAGCGUGGCUACAAUAUGGUGCACUUUACUCCGCUUAUGAUGCGUGGGUCUUCAAACUCGCCAUACAGCAUUGCUGACCAAUUGGUCUUUGACAAGGCCUUCUUCAAGGAGGGUGAGAAGGACAUUGCGAACAUGAUCCAAAGGAUGCAGAAUGAAUUCAAUCUGCUUGCUAUGACCGAUGUCGUCUGGAAUCACACGGCCAACAACAGCCCAUGGCUUGAGGAGCAUCCAGAAUCCGGCUACAACGUCGACACGGCUCCUCACUUGCGACCCGCUCUGGAGCUGGACACGGCGCUGUUGCAGUUCGGCAAAGAGCUCGCUCAACGCGGUCUGCCUACAACCUUUAACAGCGAAGGAGAUCUUCUCAAGGUCAUGGAGGGCGUCAAGGAGCACGUCCUUAGCAAGGUCAAGCUCUGGGAAUACUACGUCGUUGACGUCAAGAGGGAUACCAAAGCCAUUAUGGAGGCUUGGACCUCUGGCCAGGCCAAAUUCAUCGAUGGCAGCUUUAGUGAGGCUGGUCUUCGUGGCCUCGAUGCUGUCAGAGAUUGGCCACUGAAGCAGAAGGCUGACUGGUUGGUCGAACAUGCUCUGCGCGGUGGUGACCGCAUGGGCGAGCGCUACCGUCGCACAAUGGACCCGAACAUCAGUGCCAGCCUCCUCUGCGCUUUGUUCGGCCGUUAUGACACUCGUACUAGCAAUACGCCCGACGACCGCGCAGCUCAAGGCACUAUCACGGCUAUUCUCAACGAGGCCAACCUUCCAUUCUACCGCGAGUACGAUGGAGACCAAGCAGAGAUCUUGGAGCAACUCUUCAACCGGAUCAAAUAUGUCCGAAUAGAUGCCCACGGUCCCAAGCUUGGCGAAGUGACUGAAGCGAACCCACUCAUCGAGACUUACUUCACGCGAUUACCACUCAACGAGAAGACAAAGAAGCAUAACCCGGAAGCCCUCGCUCUAGUGAACAACGGUUGGGUAUGGGCAGCAGAUGCGAUGCGGGACAACGCCGGGCCCAAGUCGAGAGCAUAUCUAAGGAGAGAAGUCAUCGUCUGGGGCGACUGCGUCAAACUCCGAUACGGAGACGGUCCAGAAGACAACCCAUUCCUUUGGGACCACAUGGCCAAGUACACGCGUCUCAUGGCCAAAUACUUCCAAGGCUUCCGCAUCGACAAUUGCCACUCUACGCCUCUACACCUUGCGGAGUACAUGCUUGACGAAGCCCGCAGCGUGAACUCAAAUGUCAUGGUUUGCGCCGAACUUUUCACUGGCUCUGAAGAGAUGGAUUACAAGUUCUGCAUGAGGCUCGGCAUUUGUGCGCUGAUUCGAGAGGCGAUGCAGUCAUGGAGUACUCAAGAGCUGAGUAGACUGGUUCACCGACAUGGUGGUGUUCCCAUUGGAAGCUUCGAGACCGACGAAGUGCUCAACGCUGCACAGGCGACUGAUGGAGCAGACCAGACAAAGCCAAUCAUCAAGAGAAUCAAGCGCAGUCCUGUCCACGCGCUGUUCAUGGAUUGCACGCAUGACAACGAGACACCGGCUCAGAAGCGAGACGCACGCGACACGCUGCCCAACGCCGCGCUCGUUGCCAUGUGCGACUGCGCAACCGGUAGCGUCUUCGGUUAUGACGAGGUUUACCCCGAGCUGAUCGAGCUUGUGCACGAAAAGAGGCUUUAUUCCUCUGCUAAUUCUACUGGGGGCCCAAUCAAGCCCGAGGCUGGUGAAGGUGGUAUUGGUGGCAUCCGCAAGAUUAUCAACGAGAUCCACGUCAAGAUGGGUAGGGAGGAGUACAACGAGACUUACAUCCACCACGACAAAGAGUACAUCACCGUUCAUCGCGUCAACCCCAACACCAGGAAAGGAUACUUCCUUAUUGCCCACACUGCGUUCCCUGGUUACGGCAAUGGCAACGGAGGCUUCGGCGAGACCAAGCUACCGGGCACACAGGCGAAGCUCAUUGGCGCCUGGAACCUCGAAGUUGACAACAGUCCUGAGACAAGAGCACGUAUCAUUGGCGACAAGACAACACUACGUGGCUUGCCCAGUAAGACAAACAACCUCCAGGGCGUCGACAUCAAGUCAGCUGGCGAUGACACCACGAUCACCAUUCCUGACAAAUUUCCCCCUGGAAGUAUCGCUCUCUUCGAGACCUGGGUGCCCAGCGCAGAGCACGCUGAUGGUCUCGACAAGUUCAUCACCAGCGGAGCGCGUGCGGCGUUUAGUGGUGUCAACCUUGUCGAUCUGAACUACAUUCUGUACAGAUGUGAAGAAGAAGAGAGGGACGCCACGGAUCAUAAGGAUGGAACAUACAACAUUCCUGGUCACGGUAACCUAGUAUACGCUGGUCUGCAAGGCUGGUGGAGUGUACUACGCGACAUUGUAAACGAAAACAAUCUCGGCCACCCGCUCUGCAACCAUUUACGUGAGGGUAAAUGGGCGCUCGACUACUGCCUUGGUCGUCUCCAAAAGAUCUCCCAAAAGGAGCAAUACGUCAACAUCAAGGGCCCCGCCGAGUGGCUGGAGGCAAAGUUCGAUGCCAUUCGCAAGAUCCCUAGCUACAUGCUUCCACGAUACUUCGCUAUGGUCAUCCAGACUGCAUACAACGCUGCAGUAGAACGAGCAAUUGAGCUCAUGGGCGAGAAUGUCCGCGAGGGCAACCAGUUCCUGAAGAGUCUCGCACUUGUCAGCUGCCAGGUCACUGGCUACAUGAACAGCGCCUCUUUGUGGCCAGAGAAGAGCGUGCCCAGCAUGGCCGCUGGUCUCCCCCACUUCGCCAACGACUGGGCAAGAUGCUGGGGACGUGACAUUACCAUUUCAGCUCGUGGUCUCUACAUGGGAACCGGUCGGUAUGCUGACGCCAAGGAGCACAUCUUUGCCUUUGCUAGCGUUCUCAAGCAUGGCAUGGUACCUAAUCUCCUUGGUGGUGGGAAGAACCCGCGUUACAACUCCCGCGACUCAGUCUGGUUCUUCCUUCAAAACUGCCAAGAUUACACCAAGAUUGUGCCAAACGGCAUGGAGCUUCUUCAUGAGAAGGUCAAGAGGCGAUUCCUACCGUAUGAUGACACAUGGUUCGCUCAUACCGAUGAGCGAGCGUACUCUCAAUCUUCUACCAUUGAAGAUGUCAUCCAGGAAGCUCUGCAGCGACACGCUUCCGGCAUGGAGUUCCGCGAGUACGACGCGGGCCCGAACAUCGACAGUCAGAUGAAGUCUGAAGGUUUCAACAUCAAGAUCUGGACUGACUGGGAGACGGGUAUGAUCUUCGGUGGCAAUCAAUGGAAUUGCGGUACAUGGAUGGACAAAAUGGGCGAGAGCGAGAAGGCCGGCAGCAAGGGUCACCCGGGUACGCCACGAGACGGUGCUGCGGUCGAGAUCAUCGGCAUGUUGUACAGCAUAGUACGCUGGUGCGCCAACAUGUACGAUGCAGGCCAAUUUAAGUACCAGGGUGUGACACUGGACGACGGUAAUAAGACUGUUACAUACAAGGAGUGGGCCGACCUGAUCAAGGCCAACUUCGAGCGUUGCUUCUACGUUCCACGUUCUGCAGACGAGGAUAGCAAGUACGAUGUCAACCCCAGCAUCAUCAACCGUCGUGGUAUUUACAAGGACUUGUACCGCUCCGGUAAGGAGUAUGAGGACUACCAGCUGAGGCCAAACUUCGCCAUCAUGAUGACGGUUGCACCAGAUCUUUGCGACCCCGAGCACGCUUUGUACGCCCUCCAGACGGCCGACAGGGUCCUGCUCGGUCCACAGGGCAUGAAGACGCUCGACCCCUCCGACCUCAACUACCGGGGUUACUACAUCAACAGCGAAGAUUCGACUGAUUUCCACACUUCCAAGGGCCGCAACUACCACCAAGGCCCCGAGUGGCUCUGGCCCACAGGGUUCUUCCUGCGAGCCAUGCUCAAGUUCGAUCUGCAGCGCCGCAAGACGCCCGACGAGCGUAUCGAGAGCUACCAACAAGUCACACGCCGUCUCGCCGGUUGCAUGAAGGCCAUUCAGGAGUCGCCCUGGGCUGGUCUCACGGAGCUGACCAACAAGGAUGGUGCCUUCUGCGGUGACUCGUGCCCCACGCAGAGUUGGAGUGCUAGCUGCAUUAUCGACUUGUUCCAGGACGCGCGCGAGUAUGAGAUGGCGGGGCAGGGUAAGGCUGGCCAACAGUCUUCGUCGUUGGCCGAUAUGGCUGGCAGUGUUAAGAAGUUUGUAGCCAAGAUGACUUGA